AUGACCGUCGAAGAUAUCAUUGUCGCACCCGAACUCACACCAUCCCUUGCGACAGCCCAAGCAACCCUACAGCAAACCCUCGCAAUCAUAGAUCUUUUAUCAGCGAAUGCAACUACACCAACCACCCUAGAACUACAGCGCACCGUAGCACGACAAAACAGAAUCCUGCAAGCUUACUUGGCUCGUCUGAAGCAACAAACCCGUCGCACCGCCUUUAUCGCCAGGUCUACCAAAGCGCAGACAGCAGACGCCAGGAGAGAAGUCGAUGGCUUACUCCUGCAGUUGCAGAACUUGUAUUACGAGCAGCGCCAUCUACUAGGAGAGAUUGCGGCUUGUGAAGAUUAUCCUCAUGCUUUUCGGGAAUUGCCGCUUGUUGAUGAGGAGGAGUAUCUGGAGCAUUUUCCUGAGCAUGAGGAGUUGGACGAGAGCGCGCUAAUGGAGCGGAGGAUAAACCACGAGCAGGAAGAGAGGGACCGCAUCGAUGAAGAGAGGAAGGAAUUGGUUAAGAGGAAGGAUCAGUUGGUUUUGGAAAAUACACGGCGGAAAGAGGUGGUGAAGAAGAUGGACGAGAAGCUGGAAAGCUGGGUGGAUGGUCUGGCUAAGUUAGAGGAGGAGUUGAAGGUGGCUCUAUGA